AUGCGAGUGGCAGAGGACCUCUUAGGUAUCCAGGUCGAUACACAGAUGUUGGCAAAGCUGGCUCUAUCCGUAGCCGGCGUGCUGCUCGUGUCCUGGGCUUACCGGUUCUACAACUCCAGGAGGUGGCACGUACGACAGGAUGGUCCAGGGACCCAACAGGCCGACAGGCUAGGAGCGCACCGGGAACCGGACGCAGGUACGUCCUCAGAGGGCUCCGCUGACAACUGUGAGGAAGAACUGCUCCGAUCGAAUGAAGUCUCACCCAGAGAAACAUUGUUACAACAGUGCAAGCAUUCACCCAGAGAACCUCCAAAUAUACCAUCACCUGGAGAGAUGCCAUUAGAGCAGUGCAUGCACUCACCUGAGGAACCACAGAAUAUACCGUCAGUUGGAGAAACAUUUUCAGAUCAACAUGAGGACUCACCUGGGGAACUUCACAACAUACCAUCAUCUGGAGAAACGUUUUCAGAUCAAUAUGAAGACUCACCUCCGAAGCCUCAGAAUAUACUGUCACCUGGAGAAACCUUUUUAGAGAAAUACAAGUACUCAUCUGUAGAAACUCAGAGCUCAGCUUAUCUGGGCCAUGUCGAGCCUGACGUAGCAAUUGUAAGAGGAGAAGAAAACCUGAACCACAAUCCAAACCUGCCAACGAAGGAGAGUAUGGUGCGACAUGAUCCCCCCAAAAUAAAACAGACACCAGUGGCACAUGACCGCAGCACCCAGGGAGCUCUCCACACCAACUGCGAGGAGGCAGAGGGAUGGCCGGAUGCUGAUCUUGUUCUGGACACUUCUCUGUCUCCCCCUCCCAUGGAAGACCUGGACCAUGUUGGGGUGAGUCCAACUGGGAGGCGAUCCCCGUGCAAGCAAGAGAGGCUGGAGCCAAGCACAAGCAUGGGCCAGGAGCUGAGGCAGGAUCUGGGUCACCUGGCAAACUCCUCCCAUCUUCUGACCAAGGAAGAGGUCAGGACAGAAGGCACAGAUUAUCUGCAGGAGAGGGAUGGGGAUGCCCCAGUUGAGGCACACGGGAGCACCUAUGACAACCACAUACAGUCCUCAUUGCAGUCAGUCUCAGAUGAGAGUCUGUUGGCCAGCCCCUCCAUCCAAAAUCUCAUUGGUGAGCUCCAAGAGGAUACUACGUCACAUGACCCACUGAGCCUUAAGCAGCCAGAGGUGAGUUGUUACCAUGAUGGCAAAGCCAUCCAUCAGUUGAGCCAUUCCCUUACCCCACCUCUCAACCUGCAGGACCUUGUUCUCCCCUCUGUACAGGAGCACUCCUUCGCAGCCAGCCUUGACCCCCCUUCCCCUGGACGGCAGGGGCUUGUGCGAAAGGACAGCUACAUUCACAUUGUAGAGAAUGAUGACCUCCAAAUCCCUUUCCUCAACCCUAGGGCUUCUACAUCACCGAGCAUGCUCAGUUCUCAAACCCUGUCUUCAGAAGGCCCGUGCUCAAAGCCCCAUAGUCCUGUAAAAGAUCCCACAGUCCCCGGUGGGGAUACUUCUGAAGAAACAGGACUGGAGGGUGCAGAAAGAUUGACCAUUUUACAGAUACCCAAAGAAGGAAGCAGUCCAGAGCUGGAGAGAUUGCAGGGAAGACUAGACCUAGGAAACUGUCUUCAUACUCUCAGCCUGGCCAGGAAAGAGGGACAUGCCAGCCUGCAGCAUGCUGCUCUUAAAGUCAUGUCUGACAACUACCUGCAGGUCCUACAGGACCCAGGGCUGUAUGGAAGCCUGAAAGGAGGGGACAGGGACUUGAUCCAAAAGCUGCGGACAAGGGGUAAGCGGUGCCUGGUGGUGGCUGACUUAGACCAGCAGGACUUGGUGGGGUCAGACUCUGGCCUUCCAAAGACAUCGAGCAGUCUCUAUUACUACGAUGAUCUCAAAGAUUCCUGGAACUUCCUGUGCCCCCUCCCUAAGGAGGUGGUGUCCAGGGGCUCCGCCAUGUGUGUAAUGGACAACUACCUCUUUGUCACUUUGGGCUGCCAGGGCUUGGGCCGGGAGGUGCAGCCAUCAAGGAGGGCGUUCUGCUACAACCCGGCCACAUCCAUCUGGAAGGAGAUCAGCCCCAUGAACGAGGCCCGGCCCCAGUGCAAGCUGGUAGCCCUGGGGGGCUACGUGUAUGCCAUCGGGGGGGAGUGUCUCAGCAGCGUGGAGCGAUAUGACCCCCGGACAGGCCGCUGGGCCUUCGUUGCUUCCAUGCCCAACGACACCUUCGCCGUGGCCCACCGUGCCACUGUCUGCAAUGGGGAGCUGUUCGUCUCUGGGGGCACCCUGAGGUACACCCUGCUCCGUUAUAACCCAGCCACCAACACCUGGAGGCGGAGCCUGAUUGUGGGCAGUAAGGAGAGGACCAUCGAAAUGGUAGCAGUGAAGAACUUCCUGUAUCGGUUCGAUGUGGGCUCUACUUCUGGUGUCAGCGUGUACCGCUACCAUGUGGCCGCCCGACUCUGGUACGAGUGCUGCUCCCGGAAGCUGCCCCGCUGCCUCGCCUUCCAAUGCGCAGUCAUUGAUGAUGUCAUCUACUGCGUGAGCCGGCAGGCCACCAUGAGGUUCCUGGCAGACGAGGUCUCUCCGGCCUUCAUUGCUGAGGACUUGAGUGUCCUUUCUGCAGCCAAGGGCACCCUGUUUCCAUUCAUUCUGGUGCUUCCUGAAAUGGAGGCUCUCCAGACCAGUGUUUAACUAUAGAUGCUUGGAGAAAUUAAGAAAGCGAAGGGGUAAGAAAGCUUUUUUGUCUAUGUAAAUCUCAUCCAGGGCCAUUGCAGCACAAAAUACACAAAAUUAGCUGUUUUGAGCGAACAG